GUCCCUCGUCCCCCCAACGCCUUCAUGAUCUUUCGCUCGGACCUCUGGGCAAAGCAGAAACUAAAGGCAUCCGUCGAACGCGACCACAGACAUGUCAGCCGGAUCGCUGGCCACUACUGGAACUCUCUUACCGAAGCCCAGCGCGCUCCGUACAGGAAAAAGGCUGAGACCGCCAAAGCUCUCCACGCGGAGAUGUACCCAGACUACAAGUAUACCCCU